AUAAUUGUUUAAAAAAACACUUGAACAAAUACAACUACUCCAGUCGAGCAAAGACAAUGAUUAUGGUAUCAAGGCAGAUUCGGAACAUUUGCUUCGAUUAUGGUAUCAAGGCAGAAUUCAAACAUCUAAAAGUUUCCGUAUCAAACUUCGAAAACAUAAUAACUAAACAAAUAGGCAAACGAAUAGAUGUUGCACAUCUGUCUAAUUAUUGCAAGAAACAAAACACAUGUCCCACUAAACAUUACUUGUAAAAUACACUCUGUAUUAAACUAAUCAAGUUUAAUCAAAGGAAGAAAAUGAGAUUUGGUCAGUAGACUUGUUCACACUAGGCUGCGUUCAAAGGGUAAAAACUUACUUUUGAUCUUUUAUCUUAUUAGAUUUGUAAAUUUUAGUUUUUCAUUUUAUAUUAUAAUAUUUUUAAUCUAUCACAUAUUACAAUUAAAGAAAAUAAUCAUCAUUUA